AUGUCUCCCAUUUGGCUAAUGCUGUUGCUCUCAGCUCAUCUGUCUGAAUGUGUGCCAGAGAAGCCAAAGAGGUCAGCUCUGAACCAGCUGACCAGAACUCUCCUGAGGAAAUACGACUGCGGAGUUCGACCUGUUCACAACUGGACCAGUUCUACCACUGUCUCCAUAGACCUCAUACUGCAAUCUGUCCUUGAUGUGGAUGGAAAGACACAGAGCAUUACUAUAAGUAUUUGGUACAGACAGAUCUGGACUGAUGAGUUCCUGGUUUGGGACCCAGAGGAGUUUGAUGGCAUCAACGAGAUCUCACUGUCAUCUGAUGCUAUCUGGAUACCUGAUGUUAUCGUCAGUGAAUUUGUGGAUGGUGGGAAGUCCCCACCAAUCCCCUUUGUUUAUGUCAACUCCUCUGGCACGGUGAAGAACUACAGGCCCAUGCAGGUGGUCCUGGCCUGCAGCCUGGAGAUGUACGCUUUUCCAUUUGACAAGCAGAACUGCAGCCUCACCUUCCGCAGCUGGCUCCACUCAGUGAAGGAAAUAGACCUGGCUCUGUGGAGGAGUGCGGAGGCCAUUGCUAAUGAUAAGAGGGAGUUCAUGAAUGACGGAGAAUGGGAACUGCUGUCUAUUCCUUCACGCUACUGGCAAAUCCACCAAGACAACACUGACUACGCACAUAUCCAGUUCAAUGUUUUGAUCCGCCGGCGCCCCCUGCUGUAUGUGGUGGGUCUCCUUAUCCCCAGUAUCUUCCUCAUGUUGGUGGACGUGAUCAGCUUUUAUCUGCCUCUGAACAGCGGCAUACGCAUCGUCUUUAAGAUCAGCAUACUGCUGGGCUACACUGUCUUCAGAGUCAACCUGACAGAUGAACUGCCUGCUUCUGCUGUCAGAACUCCUCUUAUAGGUGUGUUCUUUGUGGUGUGCAUGGCCCUGCUGAUGCUCAGCCUGAUCAAAUCUAUACUGGUGGUGAAGCUGCUCCACCACAGUGAGAAGGAGGUCAGGCAAAUGUCAGUGUCUGCCUGCCUGCUGGACAAGUAUGGCUCUGCUGGUCACAGCUUCAAUGAAAGCGCUUUAACCUCCAUGAAAACCCUCGACAACAUCAACCUAUCUGGAGAUUAUGAGCUUGAGCCCUCACUGGAGGGGGAUUUGCUGUCACUGAAUGAGAUCCAGGAUGCUCCUUCUGGGCUGGAGUGGCUCCUCCAGGAGCUGGUUUCUCUCCGCUUGGCUUUAUCCCAGGAGGACAGUGAGUCUUCAGCUCAGGCUGAUUGGCUAGCCCUCUGCUCUAAACUCGACUGCUUCCUGUUCCGCCUCUACCUGUUGGUUCUGGCCUUGUACACCGGCACACUGCUGCUGCUCUGGGCCAGCUGGAGCUUUGCCUGA